AUGAAGUCCAGUCUCGCUGCGUUGGCGCUUGCCAGCACUGUCACCGCUCAAUGGGGUCGUGGCGGUGAGCAUUCCGGUCCUGAUCACGGCAUCGGACAUGGACAUGGACAGCGAGAUUGGAAUUGGAAUGGUGGCUACCCGCAUGGCCGUUACCAUGUAGCGGGAGGCCAAGCACCUCCUCCAGAGGACUCGUACAGCCACAGCUACUUUGAUCAGCUCAUAGAUCACAGCAAUCCGAAGCUCGGCACGUUCAAGCAAUUCUACUAUUACGACACCACAUAUUGGAGAGGACCAGGCUCACCGGUUAUAUUGUUCACACCCGGCGAGGUCAACGCAACCAGAUAUUAUAGUUACUUGACCACGAACCGGACGACCGGUGUUCUUGCCUCAGAGAUUGGCGCCGCUACAAUCGUCCUGGAACAUCGAUAUUGGGGAACUUCAACUCCCUACACCGACCUGACGACAGCCAACCUGAAGUAUCUGACUCUCGAAAAUGCCAUCGCGGACAUGAACUAUUUUGCCGAGAACGUGAAGCUCCCCUUCGACACGCACGGUGCCAGCAACGCAGAUGAUGUUCCAUGGGUGGUCAUGGGUGGAUCCUACUCUGGAGCGCUAUCUGCUUGGAUCGCAAGCACUGCACCUGGCACAAUCUGGGCUUACCAUUCCUCAAGUGCUCCAGUCGAAGCAAUCGGCGACUACUGGGUUUACUUCAAGCCGGUUCAAGAUGGCAUGCCCAAGAACUGCAGCACAGACCUCGCUCUAGUCAUCGACCACAUGGACGAUAUCUUGAUAAACGGAUCCAAACAACAGCAGCACGAUUUGAAAGCCAUGUUCGGUAUGACGGCAGUCGAGCACAAUGACGACUUCAUGGGCGCACUAGAGAAUGGUCCAUGGCUUUGGCAAGGCAACCAGUUCUACACCAACAGCGGCUUCUUCGAUUUCUGCGACUACAUCGAGAACGCCCAGAGCAACGCAACCCAAACCAUACCAGGCGCAGAAGGUGUCGGCGUCCAGAAAGCCCUCGCAGGCUACGCCAAAUGGUGGACCGAAGUCGAGCUGGAUGGUUUCUGCGCGCAAUACGGCUACACAAAUGACAACCACAGCGUCGCAUGUUUCGACACCUACGACCCAAACAACCCAAUGUACACCGACACAUCACUCAGCAACACCAUAGACCGUCAAUGGAUCUGGAUGACCUGCAACGAACCCUUCGGAUACUGGCAAAACGGCGCACCCCAAGGCCGACCAUCUAUCGUCUCCCGCCUCAUCAACAACGCAUACUACGAACGCCAAUGUGGUCUAUACUUCCCGACAGGACCAGAAGGCGAGACGUACGGCCUCAACCAGGGUAAGACGUACAACGACGUCAACAAAUUCACCGGAGGCUGGAAUAUCGACAACACCACCCGCAUGAUCUAUGUCAAUGGCGACAACGAUCCUUGGAGAGAAGCUUCCGUGAGUGCGGAUCUUCGGACUGGGGGACCUUUGGCGAGUACGGAGCAAGUACCGAUUGAGAUUGUGCCUGGUGGCUACCAUACCAGUGAUCUCAUCACACAGAAUGGUGUAGUAAAUGCUGGCUGCAAAGCGGUCCAGGACAGAGUCGUGGCACAGUUGGCUGCAUGGGUUGCUGAGUUCCCGAAGAAGGGAUACGGGCAUGGAAGUAAGAGAUACUUUGAAGCAUAG